CCAGCCCCCGCCCCUCGCUCUCUCCUUCGCUGGAAGACCUGGCGCUACGCGCACGUGACCGCCUCAUCCGGGUCUUUGCGUUCUUUCACACUCGGCCCAACAUGGCAGCUUCAGGUGAGUGUGUGCGGGGAGCGGGGGGUCAGGCCGGCCCGGUGCAGCCGGGGGCCUGUUGGGAGGGUUAUUUGUGGUGUGCCGGGCUCGCUGUGCUCUGUAGGCCGGCUGGGGGUCGGUGACAUGGCGCCAUGCGGCACGGUGUGGGCGGCGGCCCGGCGAGGCUUGCUGUGUGCUCACACACUGCACGCUGUGUAAUCCCCGGGCAGAGCCAGGCCGCACCCUGCGUGUACUGCAUGUACUGUGUGCAUGGCAAUGGCUGCAGAGCAAUGCGCUGCACUCACUGCCGGCAGCCCCAUUCAUGGGAAGCACGCGCGUGGCCGGCCCCUGGCGCUCUGCACCAAGCGGGGCCCCAGCCCUCACUGCGCUGCUUGGGAAUCAGAGGGCUCACGCCAGGCCUUGGGCGGCUCAGAACUACAGCUCCCAUGAUGCUCUGCCCGCACUACGCCUGGCGUUGCGUCAUGGGAGUUGUAGUUCUGCAGUCCAUGCGUGGAUUAGGCAGUGGGGCAGUAGCUGUGGUUACCCAGGGAUGCAGGGCUGAGCUGGGUGGGUGAGGGGUGGGGGGUAGGCGGGGAUGAAACACGUGGCUGCAGGGAUGGCAGGGUAAUCCUCCUCUCAUUUGGUGAUGCAGUUCAGCUCCUGGGAUGUAAUGGCGGCAAAGGUCAGGGUUUAGGAAGGCAGGUUCCAGGGCCUUGUUUACAGGAAGGCCCAGUUAUUACCCUCCGCCUCCAAUUGGGGGACACGUCAACAUUAACAGGCCCCAGUGGGAAGCCCCCUUAUGACUAAUCACUCUACCUCUGAUAGGUUUGGAAAUGCAAUCAGUGUCCUUAUUUAUAAACUUAUACUCCAAUGCAUUGCAAACCUUGAUUAUUAUUUUUUUUCAUAAGGCUGCACAACAGAUAGUAUACAUUACCUGUUCAUUAUUUGGUAAAUGAACUUUCCUUGUGUAUCUGGCAAUCAUGGAUUAAUGCAAAUCUAAGCCAAACAAUUUAUAGCUGUAUCCCUAAAGCAAUGGGAGCUAAUAUUCUAGCACUUUUGGUUUGGGUAAUCUUUUUUACUCAAUUGACUAAACAUUAUGAAAAUUGUAGUCACAGUUUAACCCCUUAAGGACACAUGACAUGUGUGACAUGUCAUGAUUCCCUUUUAUUCCAGAAGUUUGGUCCUUAGGGGUUAAACACUGCUGAAGGUGAGCCAUAACUUUACUAAUACUUGUACCUAUCCAUAUGGUAGAUACUGGGCUUCCUUUAGGCAUGCUGACAUUCUGUUAUAUGAAAGUGUGAGUUUGGAAUAGAUGGCCAACUUAAGCAUUCUAUCUGUUGUAGGGCAAGCAAUGGCUCUCUGCACAUGCAGGGAUUUGUAUAGACUGAACCCUAAAUAUCGUAAACAAUGUAACGCGUGGAUUUCAUGAUAAAUCGAUCCAUUGUCUGCUCUAGCAUGUAUUAUCCCUCUCUUUGUUUGAACACAUAUACAUCUAGCUUUAAAUUUGAACUAAUCUGGCACCGCAAAUGUUAAACCUAGAAAAAGAAAAUAGUAGUUUACUGUAUAUGCUUUGUACCAUAACUUUCUAAUAGUGGAAAUGUCAAAUGUUGUGUUUUAUAUGCACCGUUGAUCAACAAUGUGUUUGUGUUUGCUACAGAGCAGGUAUUCGUUUGUAAAUAGUCGGUACUUAGGCAUUACAUCAUCAUCAAUAAACAACUUCCAAGUACAGAAUAUAUUUUUUUCAAAAAGGGUUUUUAACUUAAUGGAGACACCAAAAGUGGUUAUGUAAAGUAGAAUGAACAGCUUUGUGUAAGCUGAUAGAAACAUAUCGUCAGUCAUUUUGAAUACUUUGUUUUUACAAUCUUAUCUCGUGCUUGGCCUAGUAGUAUAUUAUAAAUACUUUGUCACUUCAUGUAUUGGCCCAGUUAAUUCAUUGUACAUAUAGUCACAAUUUUAUCGUUGAAUACAUGUAGAAUAAAAAUGUUAAUACAUAGGUGGCUCUAUUUUAGUGAACAAGUAUUGCUUAAAAAGUAGUCUCUUCCUGUAAAUUUUCUCAUUUUGAAACCAAGCAGGCACUAUUUUAAAUAAAUGUAGCCUAUUUGGAAGCAAAUUCCUAGAGCACUGCUUGUGUUGUGAUGUUCAAAGGGUGCUGAUGAAUGUAAUUUCAUAAAAUUUUAUUGAAGUGUGAUUAAUUCAUAAGGCGAGUUUCCCUUUUCUCUGUACUCUUAUAACUUUAGAUCUUAAAAUUUGCUUGAAAUCAUAAAAUAUUUCCACUUUGGUUAUUGAUACAUGCCCUGGGUUUGGAAGAUGCAAACCUAUUACACAACUCCUUUCCUCCGAAGUCUGCACUGUCUUACAUUGUUCUUGCAUCAUAAGAGUGCUAAAGCUGUUGAGUUAUGCAUCAGUAUUACGUCAUUUCUUUCCCCAAUGCUGGUUGACCGUAUAACAAAGUCAAGCACUUUUGACCUUUUUAUUUAUUUUCCUUCAAACAAGCUUGUUUUGCACAGUGACUCUGCGCAAAUCAGCUGCCCUUUAUCAUUUAAUCUGCUGAAGCAGGCAGCAUGCAUAUUAGUAUGUCUGUUGUAAAGAUAAGUACAGUGCUGCAAUGUUAAAGGGACACUAUAGGCACUCAGAUAACUUCAUCUCAUUGAAGUGAGCUGGGUGCACAUAGCCCUGCAACUACAAACAUUGCAGAGUUAAGAAAGCCUCAAGUGGCUGUCUCCCAGAGGCACUUCCUGACCUUUCACAGUGUUUGAUCCCAUGAAACGAUGCUUAGGAACUGCAAUAAUUACCUUGCUGGGUUAAGUCCUCCUCUACUGGUUGUCUUUGUUGAAUAAUGCUUUUCUAUGGGGAGGUCUAAUGCCGCGCAUGCACACUAGCUCUCCCCUGCCGGCUGACGUUGGCGGAGCCUGACCCAGCGCCGAGGGACAUCAGCGCUGGAUUCAGAUAAGUCACUGAAUGGGGUUUUAACCCCUUCAGCAACAUGGGAUGGGGGGAGGGAGAGGGGCAGGGAUAUGUUUUCCUGGCACUGGAGAGUCCCUUUAUGUUUUCCUUUAAAAGCACACUCCACUGGUCAAAUACAAAAAUGACCCACCAAUGACAACAUGCAUGUGUUUAAUUAUGCAUUUUUUUUUUUUGUAGCUUUAUAUAUUUGUCCCUUUUAAACGGACACUUUAGUCAUCAAGACAACUUUAGCUUAAUGAAGCAGUUUUGGUGUAUAUAUUGGGAAUCGACCGAUAUUGAUUUUUUUUUUUUUUGAGCAGUUACUGAUAAUCUGUGAAUAUUCAGGCCGAUGGCUGAUAACUUACAGAUAUUCUGUACAUUUACCAUUUUGGGAAAAAAUAAACUUUCUACACAAAUUUACUGUUAACUGAAUGUUUAUGUAUUUUUUAGCAAAUCUUUUUUUAAGGUAAACGCACAAAAUAUACAUACCAGUCAGAAUUCUUUGUUUUCAAGAAUAUAUGUGUGUGUUUGUGUAGUGGAUGCAGUGUGUAUAUAUAAUGAAUGCAGUGUGUGUGUGUAAAGUGGGGGGGAGGGGUGGGGGGUUUUACCCUCUAAAAUAUUUAUUUUAUUUUUUACAUUUAGUUUUAGACCCCCCCUAUCUGCUUCUUAUCUGGCCAGGGAGGGGGCAUAUGGCAUUGCCAGGGGUUCCUGCACACUCUUACUUGCCUUCACAGCAGCUCCCCUGUCUAACUCUGUCUCAAGACAGUUGGAGAGAGGACCCAAGAUAGUGCUAGCCAUCCCCUGACAGCCUGCACAAAGCCACUGGACCACCAGGGACUUUAAAGCCACUGGACCACCAGGGACUUUAAAGCCAUAGGUAAAAGGAAGGGGUGUCGGAUAACAAGAACAUUUUUUAUUUUUAAUAAUUGUAUAAAAAAAUUUUUUUUUAAAAAGAAUCCACAGAAUCUUACCCAAAUAUUUAUACACAAACACACACUGCAUCCACUUUAUACACGUACAUACUCUUGAAAACAUAAAAACUCCAACGGCAAAUGUAUAGAAUAUUGGUAGAAGCUAUCGGCCUGAAAGGCCACAGAUUAUUGGUAUCGUUAUGCGCUCUAAAAAAGCAGUCAAUCCCUAGUUUAGUUGUAACACAAUCUGGAUAAAAAAACCAAGCCAAGCUGGUCUAUCCAAGAUCUAUGCAUAUAUCCAUUGCUUUCCCAGCUGAUUGUUUCUCGCAGUGUACUUGAGAAAUCUUUCUGCUGAUUUCCUACGAUUACACUAUUAUUCUCAUUUUACAUUAUUAUGUUUUCUGCUUUGCAUUGAAAUCACUUUUAAUAUUAUUUAUAAAAUGCCAAAUUCCGCAACACUAUAUAAUGGGAGGACUAACAGACAAGUAUUUGUAACCAAACACGUUGGGUGCGCAGGAACAGAGGGCGUUGGUGUCCCUGCUCAAACUAGCUUACAUUCUAGAGGAAGUGGGGUAAAGUGAUGCAAGAGGUAAGGGUAGGAAUGGGCUCCUUGAAAUACUAUUAGUCUUUUAAAGGUAUUGGUUUGGUGAUUAAAAAUAUAUUUUAAUGCAUAGAUGAGUUAAAUAUAAUGCAAAAUAAAUUUAAACACUGUAUACAUUAAAAGAGCCACCAACUGCUCUAUCCAGAAUCAAAGGCAGACCACUUCCAGUCAGAAGCAUCUUGUUCUGGCUUGUGUUGGCUGAUAUUGUCCAGCAGAGGUUUAUGGGAUAAGUAUAGUUCCUCAGUUCCAAAUAUAACAUAUGAUGAUUGAAAUUGCAUUGUAACAAUAAAAGCAAUAACACUACUGUGGCUAUCCAUUGGUAUUUAUGCAGCCUGUUUAGUGAACCAAGCUGUGUUGCUAUGGAUAGACAGGUUGUGCAUUUGGAGUCCUCGGUCCUGUCCAGUGAACGUGUAAGUCUUCCUUACUGUGUGAGUGUUUUGCACAACAUUCCUGUAAGGUAACCUAGAACAAAAUUAUAUGCUGACUAAUUGAAAGCCCAAUUGAUUUUUACCAAUUGUUGCAGAUAUGUCAUUCAGAACGUAGUGGUCCCUUGGAACGCUUCCAUGGCUUUCUAGCCCUUCUGAAUCCAACCACUGUCCAUCAAGUGUGUGAUUUAAUGGCAGUCCAUUUUACAAAGACAUUUAGUUACUUGUAGCUUUUAAAAUUCACUUACUGAUUACCAUUUAAAAUUUACCUUGGUUUAAGUUUGUGGCAGAUGUAACUAAUAGUAUAUUUGUAACAUGAUUUAAUACAAACCAGUAGCAUAAUGCAGGAAACUGCUCCAUGCUGACAUCACUUCGGUAUUCUGUUUUGCUGAGAGGACAUUUUUAUAGCUCUAUUUGGAAUCUGUUGACAGCUCCUCCCCAUGCAGAAACAAGUGAUCAGGGGAAAAAAUUGCAGCACAGUUAUUUUGUUACAGCUCAGAUUCUUCUUUAGACUGACUUUUCUAAAUCCGCUUUUAGAAGUUUAAAUGUAAAACAUACUUUACUUUGAAUAUUAAGUGUUAAAAUCCAUACAUGUCCCUUGAUUAGACAUAAUUGGGCAUUUCCUUUGCCUUAUUUUAUUUAAAAUUAAAUUUUUCUUCAACCUUUUCAUUGUUAUUGUACAUCAUGCUUUAAAGGGACACUAUAGUAACCAGAACUACAGCUUACUGAAUUUGUUCUGGUGAGUAGAAUCAUUACCUUCAGGUUUUUUGCUGUAAACACUGUCUUUUCAGAGAAAAUGCAGUGUUUACUUUACAGCCUAGUGCUCACUUCACUGGCCACUCCUCAGAUAGCUGUUAGAGAUCCUUCCUGGAUCAUAGCUGCCUAAAAUGCAUCGAAACAUUCAGUGUCUCCUACCUCUGCAUGCAGACACUGAACUUUCCUCAUAGAGAUUCAUUGAUUCAAUUCAUCUCUGAGGAGAUGCUGAUUGGCCAGGGCUGUGUUUGAAUCAUGCUGACUCUGCCCCUGAUCUGCCUCUUUAUCAGUCUCAGCCAAUCCUAUGAGGAAGCACUGUGAUUGGAUCAGGCUACCACUUCUGAUGAUGUCAGCAGACUGCAUACUGUUUGACUCAGAAAAACAAGCAGAGUUACAGCUUCUGGCUUGAAUACAGUAAGAUGUUGCUAUAUUUAUGGGGGCAUGAGGGGCCCAGGGGGGCUAGAUGGGGGUUUUAACACUAUAGGGUCAGGAACACGUUUCAGUUCCUGACCCUAUAGUGAUCCUUUAAAGAAACACACUGAGCACGAAACUACAUAUUAAUGUAGUAACUGUGGUACAAAUAUCCAGUAUCUUUUUCUACGAGUUUAUUGUUGGCUGAAAACAUUUUUCUAGUGGCUAUCAGGCAGGCUCUAGAGCCGCUUCCUCCUUCAUAGCAUUUACUUUUAAUAGGUCACAGUUAACUCCACCUCUAGUAGAGGUAUACCAGGUGCUUAGAUAACUUUUGGUCGCCUAAAUUAAGCUGGGCGGCCUCAAGCUUUUUUAUGAGGAAGUCCUAAUGCGAGCACGGCCAUUGGCGCGAAUGCGCAUUAAGGCUCCCAAGCCGGCUGGCACUGUGAGAACCUAUAGUGCCAGGAAAACUGCUUUGUUUUAAAUAAAACAAAAUGUUUUAAGAAAAAUGCACAGACAUAGGCUAGCCUCAGGAAUGUCUAAGGUCUCUAAACCUUUCUGUUAACUGGAGUUCUGUAGAUAACCAAUAAAUUUGUGCUGGAAAAUAAUUUGAGACCCAUAGUUAGAAAGAAAAGGAUCUAUUCAUUCCAAUGCGCGGAUCCAUAUAUAAACUGACCCUCUGGUUAUUUUUCAUUUAUUAAUAAAAAGAAUAGCAGUUGUGUAAAUGAGGGUAGCCAGCAGGGGUUUCAAUUCUCUUAUACUUGUACAUUUGUUUUCAUCAUCUAGAAUCAUAGAGUAGAACAAUGCUUUGAUGAAAACCUGAUGGAAAGUUAGGUGUGAUUUUCAUGACUUUUAUUUUUCUUUGAUUGUUAAAAAUAUAUGUAUGUGUGUGUGUAUGCACAUGACAUGAGUCUGUUAGUCUGGUAGAGUGCCCCUUCUAAUGUUUUUGAUUUUAAACUAAAUAUUCUACUAUUUUAGUCUUAUUUAUUUUUUUCACUUAUGGUGUUUUCUGCAUUUUUAUUGUUUUAUUAUGUCAUUAAAGGGACCCUAUAGUCACCAAAAUAACUUUAGCUUAAUGAAGCUAAUUUCUCCACUAUUUAGGAGUUAAAUCACUUUUUUACAACCCUAGCCACACCUCCCUGCAUGUGACUUGCACAGCCUUUCAAAACACUUCCUGAAAUUUAACCUAGAUAUUCUAAGCCCCUUUAUCGCAAAGCCUGUUUAAGCUAGAAUUUAUCUUAUUCUCUAAUAACAUUCUAGAACCUGCAGGAGGGGUGUGUUUUUACAGGUCAGUUUAUAGAGCAGGAGAUAGAAACUUCUACAGCACAUUUUCAUCUGAUUGAAAAUGAAACCAUUUUUGUCAUGCUGGCUGAGUGAGUCACAACCUCAGGAGAGGUGUGGAUAGGGCUGCAUAGACAGAAAACAAUGUGAAAAACCCAAAGGCAUCAGUCUGGGAUGCACCAAAAUGAAAAUUCAGGAUGCCCUUCGGCCGGAAACCAAAAAUUAAAUUUUUUUUUCCCCAAAUGAUUUUGAAAGGUUUUUUCCUAUAAUUUUUUUUUUAAUCUAAUAUAAAAAACUUCCCUUCUCUUUUAGUGGUCCCCCCUGCUUAAUGUUCCUCUCUCCCCACUCUAGUGUUCCUUCCCCUCCUCUUUUUUAGUGUUCUUUCCCCCCUCAUCCCCAGUCCCAUAGUGUUCUUUUCUCCCCGUCCCAUAGUGUUCUUUUCUCCCCGUCCCAUAGUGUUCUUUUCUCCCCGUCCCAUAGUGUUCUUUUCUCCCCGUCCCAUAGUGUUCUUUUCUCCCCGUCCCAUAGUGUUCUUUUCUCAACACUUUGUUUUUUGAAUUUUUUUUUGCAAAUUUGACCCAUUUUCGGCAUAAACGGGAUAGACCCAUUUUCGGAUGAAAUUUCGGUGCAUCCCUAAUCAUAGUGUGUUGCAAUUUGUAGAUUUUUGUUAUUGGGAGCAGAAGAGCAAUACUAUAUACAUUUUGUCCUCCACCUUUAAACAAGUAUACAAACAAAACCAUACAUACCUGUGGUUAAACAAUAUUUCUUCACAAAGAUCUACCAUCUUCCUCAGUCUGGUGAUGUGACAGAGAAAGAGAAAUAAUUGUAACACACCUGAGGGGAGGACUUCUGGUAUGCUUGGUUAUCAGAGACCAGAAAACAGUGUGCAUCGAACAAUAGGGACAAGAACUUAAAGGACCACUAUAGUGCCCUGAGGGUGCCCCCAACCUCAGGGUCUCCCUCCCGCCCGGCUCUGGGGAGAGGAAAUGGGUUAAAACUUACCUUUCUCCAGCGCCUGUCGGGGAGCUUUUACAAUGCUUUCCUAUGGAUGCUUGCGUGUUCUCACUGUGAUUUUCACAGUGAGAAUCACUCAAGCGCCUCUAGCAGCUGUCAAUGAGACAGCCACUAGAGGAUUUGAGGGCUGGAUUAACCCAUUUAUAAACAUAGCAGUUUCUCUGAAACUGCUAUGUUUAUAAAAAUAAUAAUUAAAAAAAAUGGGUUAACCCUAGCUGGACCAAGCACCCAGACCACUUCAUUAAGCUGAAGUGGUCUGGGUGCCUAAAGUGGUCUUUUAAAGGAUGAUCCAUCAUUGCAGAGAAAGGGAGGCAUAGAAGAAAUUGGUGUGCAGCAAAGAAUAGUUAAACUGAAAUUGGGUUGUCAUGGAAACUAGCUACUCGGUGAUCCAUGUGAUUGCUCGACUAGGGGUAGGCACAAUGCAUAUAUAGCAUGUGCUACAAUAAAACAAUACCUGGUCCAAAAAUUAGAAUGCUAUACGAAUUGGGCAUAGAGCUCAAUCUUCAGUCGUGAGGAACCCCAGUCCCUUGGUACAAUCAAAAAAACAGUGCAAAGAAAGACUAAACGCGACAAUAACAAGGGGAGAGAGAGAGAAAAACAUAAAAUAGACUAAGCAUAAGAAUGUAAAGAAAAUUUGUUCACAACCAUGUGAACAAAUAGGAUCUGGUUUCCAUGGUAACCAAGUGAGGCAAAUAGGUAAACUAUCAACCAUUUGAGUAGCAAAGACAGGAGAUACCAACACACAGUGAAUAAUAAUUACCCAAGCAGGUAAAAUACACAGGUAUGGGAAAAAAGGGGGUGAAAAUAGAGAAAGGCAGGCCAGCUGCUUAAUAUGCAAAGUGCAACAUUCAAAAUAAGGAAGAAUAAAAAGCAACAUAACAAGAAUGUGGACGGGUAGGCUAGGUAAUGCUGGGAGGAGAUGGAUAUAGGAAUAUAUUUACUGAAGAGGCGAAUCUGGAGAAAGAAAUAAAGUGCAAUGUAGCAGGAAUGUAUGUAUGAUACAUUAGCAAUAAUAAUGGUACAGAGAAUGAAGUAUAAUGUAGAAGUACACAUCAUAAUUAGGAAACAAUGUAACCAAGCUCAGAGUAAAUAAUUGCACAAUCCUCAGUCUUAGAAGAAAGUACAUUAUAUUAGAGAACAGAAAUAUACUAUAUUAAAUAGUAUGUAUAAAGAUACACCAUAACAUAUAUAUAUAAUUUUAUUUUUUUUACAAAAUAUGAAUCAUAAGAAAGAUAGCCACAGGUUCACAAAGUGAAAUGGGGAAGAAAAUCAUAGACGCAUAUAAACCUGUACAUGGCGUGCAGAUCAAUCUCAAAAUAAAUAAUGUAAGUCCUCCCAUUGUACAGCGCUACGGAACCUGAUGGCGCUAUAUAAAUAAUAAAGUCAAAUUCUCUGAGUCCUUUUGGUUCCACGGUCUCUGAAUUUUAGCAUUUUGGUAAAUCGCAUAGCUGAAAUUACUCGUAUAUUUCUUAAUCUUCAAUUUCUUGCGAGAUCUAAGAGGCGAAACGGUGUCCCCCUUGAUAAUGUUGCAGGAACUGCAGUUUAUACAAGGGAAUGUCCCACACUUGGGAGUUGAUAGAAAUCUUUGCUUAUUGUUGCUGCGUGAGCCCUAACUAGGGAGUCGUGGCUAUGUAAUAAUUGACUCAAAGAUACUUUAGCAAGUUGGGUUGUUCGAUCUAUCACUGGUAUCCGUUCUGCUAGGGAAAGUGCAUUACCCCAGGUUUUUUCUUUUUUUGCUUAUCUGCUUUAGUUGACAUUUUUUAUUUAUUUCUGAUAUGAUAAAUAAAAUGCACAAAUCUCCUGUUUUUCUGUGUGUAUGUGCAUGUGUACAUAAUUCAGCCUAAAUGUAAAUGCUUCUGUACUUUAACACUGCAGUUGUUAAGCCUUGGGAACAGCUGUAUUCUCAAACUGGGUUUGCCUUUUUGAAGGACUUUAUCUCUAUUCCCAGCAAUACUAUAUGCACUAGAUAAACUGAAAUAAGAUAAGUUGUUCCAGUGUCCCAAAUAGUUCUAUUGUCUUUCUUUUUAUUUGCCUGCAUUUGUUCAUGUCAAUGUACACAUUGGUGGAUUUAUAGAAACCUAUUGUAAGCUAUUAAAAAAACACAUGCAUCAGCAUUAAAUAUCAAGAUAGGCAGCAACCCAAAAUCUAAAAGACUACAGAAAAAGGGCCGCGCUACAUAAAAUCUCAAUAAUACACGACCGUUCAGGAAACAGUGUAAAACAAACAAAUUCAAAAAAAGAAUAAUCCCAACAAUAAUAGUUCUCACUUAAAAACGAUGCCUCUAUUUUAGAGGUAAGUGGAGCUGUAGAUGUUAGAUAAGCAUAAAUUCUUUGUGCUUGGGGGAUGUAGUGGGUCACUUUCUUGGGUUUCUGUGUGAAAAGGAGAAAAAAACAAACAGGAAGAACUAAUAGUGCAAUAUGUCAACACUCAAUUUGGUAUAGUCACAGUAGCGAUAUCACACUCGCAUGUAAGAGCGUUAUUGCCAGCUCUAGCGUAUGUUGCGUAGAAUGGUACAAUACCCACUUGUAGGAGAUGAGGGACAUCCACAGCGGUAGAGGUACCCGGUGCUCAGGAGGAAGUAAAAAAAAAAGCAACAAAUAGUGCCCUCAAUAAGAUAAUAAGAACUAAUAAAAAGGAUAAAAGUUAUACUCACAAGUAUAGAGAAGACUCGCUGCUCUAUAAUGAUAGCGUUGGUGGUAUGAUCCCCACCUCCGAUUUCUUGAGAGUAGAGAUGAUAAAAUGCCAGGAGGUAUGAGAAAAUAAAAUAUAAAGGUAAUGGCACAGUCCACUAGUGGCUUUUUCAAAUGGAAUAAAAACAUACAACCUGGCUUCAUGGGGUUUAAAAAGGGAUGGGGUAGUUUAAAAUUGGUGCCAAAAAUUCAAUCAUAGGCUGUCCUCCAAUGGAAAGCAAUAUCUCUUUGUAAAGUGCAAAUAUAGGAAUUAUAGAACAUUUGAUGGGGAGUUGGAAUAUAUAAUUGUGAAAAUUAGGUUUAUUUAAUGUAAUAAAGACUUCUAAAGCAGAAACACCUGACCCGUGUCAUAGUAUCGGCCGCUAGGCCUUGUGGGAACUGUAGUCCUCAGUGACGUAUAUGAUGUCGGCAAAACACUCAUUCGCCAACAUCAAAACAAAGCUGAAGGCACUUAAUUAAUGCAAUGGGCAGGUAGAGGGAGGGAAGAAUUGGUGCUCACAAUGAAUAGAUUAUUAAAAUUUAAGUAAAAUGAUUUGUAAGUAGCUGUGGCGGCCAUCUUGGUAGGGAAAAAUGUAGAGGAAUAGAAAAUAGUGGCGGCAGCCAUUUUAAAAAGUUAGUCAUUGUAAGGUGGCCAUAUUAGGAGGGGAAAAGACAGUUACAGUAUUUAGAGAUAAAUAUAAACAAAUACACAAUGUUUAAAAACAUACAUAAAAGUUUAAAAUAGAUAAAAUAAAUAUAUAUAGAAAAUGUAUAAGGGAAGUAAUAUUAAAUAAAAUUGAACAAAUCAAAAUCUACAUUUAAACCAUGAGGGGCAAGGGUCUGUAAAUUAAACACCCAUUCCAUUUCUGAUUUGCCGAGAAUAUUUUUUUAUAUUCCCUCAUCUCCAAGGGAUGGUACAUUUUUUUUUUUUUUAAUACCAAUACACUUUAAUAAUUUGGGGUCAUUUUUGUGUAUGGCAAAAUGCUUAGAAACUGAAUGAUUUGGGUAUCCCUUUGUAAUGUUUCUGCAGUGUUCGCUAAAUCUCAUCUUUAAACUUCUAGUGGUCAUCCCGACCUAUUGGAGGCCACAUGGGCACUCCAACAAAUAAACAACAUUUUUUUUGUACUGCAACUAAUAAAAUCUUUAAUAUUAUACUUUUUUUUUUUUUUUGUUCUAUUGAAUAUGAACUGUUUAGUUUUGGAUGGUACAGAGGGGUCCGUGCUUUUACAGACUAUGUAACGUUUGCUCUUAUCAAACCCUUUUGGCUUCAGUAAAAAAGGAUGAUUGGUUUUUUUUAGGUUUUAAUUCUCAUAAAAUUGGUUAACAUCCAUAACACGUUUCUAUUUUAUUUUGUAUUUUAUUCAAUAAAGGAUUUUGGUCACAAAAGAUUGUGGACUGUGCCAUUACCUUUAUAUUUUAUUUUCUCAUACCUCCUGGCAUUUUAUCUUCUCUACUCUCAAGAAAUCAGAGGUGGGGAUCAUACCACCAAUGCUAUCAUCAUAGAGCAGUGAGUCUGCUCUAUCCUUGUCAGUAUAACUUUUAUCCAUUUUGUUAGUUCUUAUUUUAUUGAGAGCACUAUUUGUUGCUUUUUUACCUUCUCCUGAGCACAGGGUACCUCUACCGCUGUGGACGUCCCUCUUCAUCUCCUACAAGUGGGGAUUGUACCACUCUACACAACAUACGCUAGAGAUGCCUAUAGCUCUCUUACAUGUGAGUGUGAUAUCGCUACUGUGACUAUACCAAAUUAUUGAGUGUUGACAUAUUACACUAUUAGUUCUUCCUGUUUUUUUUUUUCUCCUUUUCAUACGGAAACCUAAGAGAGUGAACUACUACAUCCCCCAAGCACAAAGAAUUUAUGCUUAUCUAACAUCUACAGCUGCACUUACCUCUAAAAUAGAGGCAUCCUUUUUAUGUGAGAACUAUUAUUGUUGGGACUAAUCUAUUUUUUACUUUUUUUUCAAUUUGUUUUAUACUUUAUCCAAACUGUCGUGUAUUAUUGGGAUUUUAUGUGGCGCAGCCCUUUUUCUUUUUCUUAUUGUAAGCUAAUGCCCCAAAAUUUAGGUAAUUUUAAUAUCAUUGUUCGCACUGUGUAUUUGUAUCAGCACAUUUAUUUGUGAUUGUAAACAAGUGAGGGACACGCAUGGAUGAAGCAAACAAAUUUAGUUGAAUAGUUACAUACAGGCCAUGUUGAUGUAUGAGCACACGCUUGGUAUGGUAACAUUAUUUUGUAUAGUGCUAUAUUUUCAGUUAAUGUAUUUUGAUUCAUUUUUUUUCUAUUACUUUUCCAAAGUGCAAUCAGUAUUUGUGUAAAUUUUUGUUUAGUUGUGCUGAGGUCUAUUUUUUGGUUUGUUUUUAUUCAAAUGUAAUGGUUGUUCUGUAUUUUAUGUAUGUGUGCAUGUCUAUAUACAUCAGAUCAGGGCUCAGAAUUUCGACUAGCCUUUGGCAAGUGAAAUUUUUGCCCUGGUUCGUGGAAAUGUAACUCUUGUGAGUAUGCCAUUGGACUCUCCAGGCCUGCAGUGGCGAGUAACUUAUAAGGCUGUGUGUGGUGGUGUUUUUUUUAGGGCCUAGCACUCGUGAUGUACUCAACGUACUUUUUUUUUUUUCUCUACGUAUUUCAAAGAUGUUGCUUUAUUAAUAAAUAUACACAUCAACGUUUCAGUCGAUUCCCAGACUAUUUUUCAAGACAAGUUAUGAAGCAUCAAACAACAAUUAAAGUAGGAGUGGUAAAGUGACAGUGAUUAGAGAGGCUAAUGACAUCUGUAUAUGUCAAGCAAGGCAUAGCCCACAUCCACAGAAGUAAACAAAAAAGGAAUAUUUAUUCCAUAAGAGCUAUUUAAAGGAAAAUGAUGUGAAUGAGAGCUAUAUAUACUAUAUGUGCAAUAUUUACAAAUAAUUGCACAAUAUCCCGUUGAUAUACCUGACAUUACUAAUGUGCUUUGCACGGUUUGGUAGAAGAAACUUUGUUGCAGAAUGCUAGAACACAAUGUUGCAAACAUAUAUAGUCCCCUAGGAAGGCAGACUAAUUGACUAUUUUGGCAACACUUGUACAUCUUUUCACUGCAUUCAGAAUCCCACACAAUGAAACAUUAUAGUGUUGGGAAUACAAAGCUGCUGUUUUCCUAACCUUAUAGUGUAAUUUUUUUUGUCCUUCUCAUCUUUCUCCCCGCCCCCCUCCCUAUUGUUUACUGUGGCAGUGCCAGUAAAUAAGAAAUAUAUGUACUAACAGUGGUGGAGUUACUUUGAAUUGCCAGUUCUUUAACUUGUCUCAAGUAUCUAGAUUGAUUAGUGAGCCGUUAAUGAAUAACACCACAUAUAUUUCUACUGUGUGCUAAUGAGUAUUACUGUCUAUUACAGGGGUGGGCCCCUUUUCACAUGUGUUUAUCAAAGUAUAUUAUAAAACUGUGUCCAGAUCACUUGGAGUGCCAAAGUAAUAUGUGCUAUAUAUAAUUAUGCAGUUACCACUAUUGCAGCAGUGUUGUAGUUUUCUGGAUUUUGCUUUAUGCUAGGUACUAACAUUUGUAUCUUACAGUCUGCAGUUCUCAACGUUUACUUUUGUUUUUCUACAGCUAAGAAGAAGAAUAAGAAGGGGAAGACUCUGACCCUUACCGACUUUUUGGCAGAUGAAGGGAACAGUGCUGGUAGUGGUGGUGGCGGUGGCGGCGGCGGCGGCAGCAGCAGCAUUGGUGGUGGAAGUGGCUAUGCCCCAAAACCUGUCAGUUGGGCAGAUGAGACCGAUGACUUGGAGGGAGAUGGUGAGUAAUGCUCUUAUUAUAUGGAGGUUUGUUUUGACAUUUUCCUAGGUGUCUAAAAAAUUGGGGGAUGGGGAAGAUGUAAAUUUAUAUAGAUUACAAACCUACUGUAUAUAAUGUUGAGGUUUAGGUUACUGCUCAUCGUGGAUAUAUAUAUAUAUAUAUAUAUAUAUAUAUAUAUAUAUUAUGCGCUAAUAUCAGGGCCUGGUCAGUCAUUUGCCUCUGCUGAAGACUUUAGGAUUAAAUCCCAUGCUUCUUGUAGAGUAACAUUUGGGACAUAAGAUAUAUGAUGCAAUUGCCCGACUUCAGUUAAAUGCUUCUCAUAAUGGUUUACAUUGCCUGGACAAAAUUGGGACAGGGUCCAUGCACCAAAACCACCUCUUUAAGAUGCUGUUUUUGGUGCUUUGUGUCCCUUUUAAGGCUACAGCUGAACUAAAAGAUUAACAUUUUGUAAACAAUAUAUAAGUUGAAUCAUUCGCUCAAAGUUUAGAUAGAUAGGCAUGUCUGUGUUCCAUGUGAAAAUUAAGGUUUGAGUAUCUCUCUUAAUUUGUUGAAUUUCAUACUUGUUCCAGUUUCCACAACAUGGCAAAGUAAUGAUGAUGAUAUGUACCGAGCCCCUCCGAUUGAUCGCUCUAUCUUGCCCACUGCACCCCGAGCUGCCCGUGAACCUAAUGUUGACCGAAGUCGUCUGCCCAAAAGCCCUCCUUUCACUGCUUUCCUUGGGAACCUUCCUUACGAUGUGACAGAGGAAUCUAUUCAGAAGUUCUUCAGGGGACUCAAUGUAAGCUUUGUUGAUAUGCUGCAUAAAUGUACAUCAACUCCUUUUAUGUAUUUGCAUAUGAGAGAUAUCCAUUAUGUUAACACAUGUCCUUGUGAAAUGCAAAGUUUACUCAUUUGAUAAUCUGACUAGCACUUAAUAGUUCCAAAUGGAGCAAUGGUCUCUAAAAGACUGGUCAUAUUGAAAAGUGGUUUUGAUAUACUGAAUGCACAGACUGUUUUCGCUUGUAUUGUUUCUAUUUUAAGUAAUUCUCUUAAUUUUACUUUAAAUAUAGAUGGCUCAUCUUAAAAACUGUGCACACCAUUGAAAAUGGCAUUUAGCAUUGUCUUUAGAUUUGUUGGAAGAGAUACUUUGUUCAGUCAGUUUGAAGUACUUAUGUUAUUUAAACGAAGAAGUGAACAAUAAUUAAGUUUCUGUAUGUCAAUAGUGUAUUUUAUAGCACAUAUUUUAAAAUCACUGAAACAUGGACAAAUUAAUUUUGCACAAUAAUCCUGCUUUAAAUUUUCUGCUGAUGCCAAUACUUUGUAUUCAAAUUUAGAUUAGUGCUGUUCGUCUGCCACGGGAGCCCAGCAACCCAGAGCGAUUAAAAGGAUUUGGCUAUGCGGAAUUUGAUGACUUGGACUCUCUACUACGAGCUCUGAGCCUGAAUGAAGAAGUAAGUCACCACUCAUUUUCAGCUGCAAGCUUUGAAGAAUUGUACAUUACUUAGUACUCAAAUAAUGCUUCAGUUUGGAGCAGGAUUUGUCCGCUUUAAAUCACCAUUAUCCUUUAGCUGUUCUUUAAGUGACACCAUAUCAUUGGCAGUAAAAUGCAGCAUACCUGUCUGAAAUAUAGAACAUUUGAGUUUUGCUUCCUAUUUUGGUUGCCAAUUUAACUUUCUAUAUGGUUGCAACUAACCAAAAGUGAGUUAUUUUGUGUAGUACACAUUCUUAAACUAUUGGUCUGGUUCCAAAUUCUACACUGUUUUGUUCUGCUCUCCAAGUGAAUAUCCAUACUGACUCAAUUUGGUAGUGAAACAAGUUGGACCUGUUGCAGGUCUGUAAUUCAAUAAUCUAUUCUGUAUUGCUUUUAGCUGAUUUGUUUCAGUGACCCAGCAUGGUACAGUCACUUAACAUGCCUACAAAACCUCUAUCAUUCUUUAUCUCUCUUGCACUGCUCCCAAGGGCUCUCAAGACAUAAAAAUGUUGAGCGUAGCAGAUGAGCACUCAAUUUUUGUUUUCCUUUUGUUUGUGAGCACUGGUUGUAGAAAGUAAACCUUAGAUGCAUGGGCUAAACAGCAGAUCUCUUCAGAAUCUAGCCUGUGUUGCUUUCACUGUCUGAGUGUUCUUGAAAACUUUGUAUUUCUUUGCAGUCCACCUUGCAAAAGGAUUUUGAUACAGCUCUUUGAGCUGGCUUAAUGUAAAGCCACAAAGCAUAUCUUUGUGUCACUUCAAAGGGGAUACUGAUUAUUCUAGACUUCAUGCUGGCACAGACAAAUCUAUUUAAACACGUUAUUUGCUUUUCACUUCAGACUUUAUACUUUUGCGGUCUUUAAUGUUUUUUAAUAAAGUAAAACAAUAAAUUAAAGGAUCACUAUAUGGUCAGGAACACAAACAUGUAUUCCUUACCCUAUAGUGUUAAAACCACCAUCUAGCCCCCUGGGCCCCUCAUGCCUCCAUAAAUAUAGUAAAAAUCUUACUGUAUUCAAGCCUUAAGCUAUAACUCUGCAUGCUGUUAGACUCAGAAAAACAAGCAGUCUGCUGACAUCAUCAGAAGUGGUCACAAUGCUUCCUCAUAGAAUUUGCUGAGACUGACAGAGGCAGAUCAGGGGCAGAGCCAGCAUGAUUCAAACACAGCCCUGGCCAAUCAGCAUCUCCUCAUAGAGAUGAAUUGAAUCAAUGAAUCUGAGGAAAGUUCAGUGUCUGCAUGCAGAGGGAGGAGACACUGAAUGUUUGGAUGCAUUUUAGGGAGCCAUGACCCAGAAAGGAAUCUUUAACAGCUAUCUGAGGAGUGGCCAGUGAAGUUAUCACUAGGCUGUAAUGUAAACACUGCAUUUUCUCUGAAAAGGCAGAGUUUACAGCAAAAGGCUUGAAGGUAAUGAUUUUACUCACCAGAACAAAUUCAAUAAGCUGUAGUUGUUCUGAUGACUAUAGUGUCCCUUUAAGACAAGGAAUUAAACAUUUAUAGACCUAGUUUAGGACUAGAAACAUUUAGCUCUGAUGAAGACAAGAGCCGGGCCUCCGUACAUGCAAUGUUUGCAUUUAGAAUGUUGAAGUACAGUAGGUGCUUUAUUACAUUUUUCUACCAGAAGCACAAACUACAUAGCAAUGUGGAUGAUAAACAUGUGGAUGAAAUAAAGGUGUACACGACAUUCACUUAAUCGUUGUCUGAUGAAUCAACAGACUUUGAUUAAACCUUUUUAGGGAACAUACCAAACACCAUACCAAGUACAGUGUUCUAUAGUAGUUAUGCUGCGAGGAUCUUGCUAGCACCAUUCCAGUGUAAGCUGUAGGUUCAUGAAUAAUUUGACACUCGUCUUUGUCAGACACUCAUGGUCCUUACUGUCUGUGUUUCUAUGAUAAUGCAGGAGUGUGAAUAGAAUGACUGCAUGAGCCCAACAGAGACAGAUAAAGUCUGUGAAUUGUAUGACAACUUACACUGGGAUGGCACCAGGGGUCUCCUGGCAUCUUAACUACAGUCUGCUGUAAUGGUUAUGGUUCUUAGAAUAUCUGUUUAGAACAUGACAAGUAUAAUUGUCAAUGUUGUUCUGAUUCUGUUACUUCUAACAUUUGGAAGUAGACCCUGUCACAUUCUAGUUAUCCACUUGCUAACUCUGAUAUAGGGUUCAGCAGAGAUGUGCUGAGCUGUUUAGUUGGUAAAGGAAGAUUAGAAGUAAGAGCAGUGUCCUGAAAUGUAAAUUUUUAAGAUGGCAAUGUCAGUUUCAUGAUCAUCUGCACCAUCGCUAUGUUUCUGCUUUGUCAGCAGCUACAUUGCAUCAAUAACUUUCAUUGCUUCAUGAGAGGACCAGUACUGCAGCCAUAAGUCACCCUAUUCAUAAAAAAAUAAUCUUCUGCUUGCCUGUCUAUUUGCUAAUUGAUAUAGUUUCAUGAAGCCACAUGUUGCAGCUGAACUAAAAAUCCCCACUGGUACUUGCCACCAAAGUUCCUGCAAUGCACAAUUUAGAGGUCUGCCUGCAGCGACAGGAAAGACACUUUCCUAAAUCGGAAGAGAAGUACCAAUCGGGAGUGUGUCUUUAGGUCUAUGGGUCUGUCCCAUAAAAUGAUGUCCACAAUACCGUGGCUGAUGUCCGUCUACACUCAGCCAAGUUCGAUCUGUGAUUCUGGCUGUAUGCUAUCAGUAGAGUGGCAGUCUAUGCAUGUAGAUGGCUUAGCCCAAAUUAACAACUUGAUACCAGCUGACUGGAGGCUCAGAAUGGCUGACUUUGUGCUAUUUAUUUUAAAUAAGGUGCGGCAUGAUUGCGGUAUAUUCCUAUUGGCUGUCCACUUUGCUGCAAUAAUGCAAGACUUUGGUGCAUAGGGAUUCUCUACGCUUCUACUACUUUUUUAUAUUUAAUAUUAUAUCUUUCAUAGAAGCAAAAAAAAGACACCACUCCAGCUGGUCGGUGUGAGAACUUUGUAUUGUAUAUGUUAGGCUUGGGGUCUGUGCAAGAGAUGCGUAUAACUUGAAAAAUAAUUUUAUCACUAUAAAAGGUACAAAAAUGUCACUUUUUAUAUUCUAUCGCUUUUUUUUGUUUUGCAGUCUCUUGGGAACAGACGGAUAAGAGUAGACAUUGCUGACCAAGCACAAGAUAAAGGUUUGUUUGUUUUUUUUUUGCUUUUUUCAAUCCCUCUCUAAGAUCCUUUCCGACACCCAUGUUGUCCACUAAUUUUGUUACUGUUUUACUGUACCCUGGUUAUCUUGGUGCUGCGCAUCUUUCUACUCCCAUUUUACACAUUACAUUUUGUUAUGGUAAUAUUUUUAUAUAAGCAUUUAAUGUUAUCAGAUUUCGACCCCACACACGCAUAAUCUUCCCAAGUGAGAAACAAUGAGACUGCCCCAAGAGUAUUCUUUAAGCUGCCCCUUUAAGGCCAAAUGGGGAUAGUCAUUUUGUCUUUUUUUCCCACUUGACUACAUUUAGCAAAAAAGGUUUCACAAUGCAUAGCUUAGUAUAUAAGGCUCAUUUGUGGAGCCAUGCUUUUAUUUGAAGAGCAUAUGAAAGACACACGUUGUGGGGCUCCUGUCCCUUCCAGUGUACAAAUGCCCUUUACCUUCCAUCUUGGAAAUCCCAUAAUAUACAUGUUACCAAAGGAUUAUAGCACUGUAAUGCUGAUUUCUCCUCCUAUUGCUUUCACAUCGACAGAUCGGGAUGACCGCUCCUUUGGCAGGGAUCGUGAUCGUAAUAGAGACUCUGACAAGACUGAUUCUUCUGAUUGGAGAGCGCGUCCUACUUCAGACACAGCUGAUGAUUAUCCUCCGCGUCGUGGUGGUGAUGAUAGCUAUGGAGACCGUAUGUUGUUGUUUUUUUUGUUUGUACUUUCUGGUGCAUGUUUACAAUACAAGUGAAUUAAGAAUUCCAGGUAGCAUUCAUCAUCCUUUUUCCUUUUGAACUAAAUAUAGGAUAUCGUAGUGAUCGUACUGAUCGAUAUGAAUCAGAUCGGUACCGGGACGGCCCACGUAGAGAUGGUGGUGGUGGUGGUGGUUUUGAUAGAGACAGAGGAAGGGAACGAUAUGAUGACCGUGAUCGUCGUGAUUAUGAUAGAGGUAAAUGUUUAUCACGCAUGUUUCACAUGUUACAUAAAUGUAUCUGCUUAACCCCUUCACUAUCGGUGUUUUUUGUUUUUGAAAGAUUUAAAUGAGCUUUAUUUGAUGCCUUACAUACAAAUUCUCUAUCUUGCAAUGUUUCAGACUGGAUCUGAAAUAUUACCAUAGAGGAUGGGGGGAGGAAUUAUCAUCACAUAGAUUUGAAAUUGCCUAAUAUCCAGCUCAUGGGUUUUAGAAAACUGACAUUUUAGCAACGGAGCUUCAUAAAAUUACCAUUAUAAUCAAAUGUCUGUGGGUUUGACAUGAUUUGUACGUGACAGGAAUUGGCUAGUAGGGCUUUAAGGGUUGAUUUUCUGAAAAUUAAAGGUAACACAUGCAUUGUCAUUGUUGUGAGGGACGUCGUUUCAGUAGUAUUUUACAGGGAUUUUCAUGCAGGUAAAGUUCAAGACUAACCUAUUCAACCUAGAAUGGACUGCAGUAAACACUUUAAUGAAUCAUAUCAAAUAAUAUUGAAAAUAUACAUCCAAGAACCCUGACAAUUCUGUGCCACGAACACAUUUUUUAUUUUUCUUCACCAUUGUCCACAUAGGGUACGAUUCACGUGGCGGUGGCGGCGGCGGCAGCAGCAGCAGCAGCAGCAGAAGAGCCUUUGGCAGUGGUUAUCGGAGGGAUGAUGAUUACAGAGGUGGAGGAGAUCGUUACGGUGAUAGAUAUGAGGAGCGGCGAGAUGACCGAUCAGACAAAUGGAAUGGUUUUUCCAGGAAUGAUGACACCAGGCGUGAAGAGAGAGGUAAGCAUUGAACUCUGUUGCCAUCGUUAGAACAGGCCAUGGCUAAAAGACUUAUUGUAUCCCAUUAAAUUAGUGUCUUUAAAAUAUUGUCAGAUGGAGCUAUAAGCACAUUUGGUAGCUGCUCAACUUUCUUAGACUUUUUUUUUUUUUUUUCAGUCAAUGCAUUAGUUUUUCAGAUAAUGUAAAUAACCAAAAAUGAUGUACUUCUAGUUAACCAAUAUAAGCAUACAUCUGUAUAUAGCAACAUUGUAAUCUGAAAACAGUGGAAAAUAACUUUUAAAAAAAGCAGUUUUACAUAUCAAAUAAUGAUCGUUAUCAUUUGGAAAUAAUAUAUUGGCAUUGUUUAGCUAUUAUUUUUAUUGGUAUUUAUGUAGCUAUCACAUAACCUAGUCAUAGCUUCCACAGCAGGUCCUACGCAGAGACCGAAGUUGAACCUUAAGCCACGUACUGCACCUAAAGAGGAAGAAUCCAGUGGUGGGUCUACACCAUCCAGUCGUGCAGCCUCAAUCUUUGGUGGUGCUAAGCCAGUGGAUACUGCUGCUCGUGAACGUGAGGUCGAAGAACGAUUGCAAAAAGAGCAAGAGAAGCUGCAGCAACGCCAUUUGGAUGAUGAUCGGCCAAGACAACUAGACAGAAAACCAAGGGAAAGGUGAGUCCUUAGAAAUUCGAGCAGUUUUGUUGCCUGAAACUACAUCACUUUUAUAAGUGUUACAGGAUGUCAUAGGAUGAGCAGAGAGUUUGGUAAAAACACAUGACCAAUGCACAAUCUGGUAGUUUUUAACCAUCACAUUUGUAAUCAUUGCAUGUUUGUCAUUCUUGGCCAUUCAUAGGCAUAUUUGUAAUGUUGCAUGAAAUGCCUGGUAGUCCCAAAACUUUGUUGCAUUUUAAAUGCAUAUAUAACCGCGUGCAUUUUUGCUGGCUUUUAGAAUUUGCCAUAAAAUGAAGGUGUGUUUUCAGUCAAUAUCACUUGGACUCUUAUCUUAUUGCAACACAUACUUCAACCAUGAUCUAAAUCAGGUCUUUUACUGAAUAUCUGGUCUCCCAUGCAAAGUGUUUGGACAGUUAUUGAAAUUUUGUGUAUUACUUCACUGCUCUGUUAUUUCCUAUUGAAGUGAAUAGUACCUAGUCUCACAAAUGUGAUAUAGCUGAACUUUUCAAGCUUUUAGUACACUUGGGAGGAAAAAGGGAGGUGUUGAUUAUUCUAGGAACAAUUAACACCUUAAGUAUGGAGGUAUGAAGUUCUAAACAAAAACAAAACCUAGAAUUUGAGAAAAUGUCUGUUAAACCAUAAGUUACCUCUUUUAUAUUAAAUGCACCCACGCCUAUUUAUGUACUUUAGUUCAGGAGAAUAGGGCUUCCAUUUCACAUAAGAUAUAUUAUUUCCAAGUUCUGCGUGGCAUUGUAACUGUAAAUGUCAUGCUGUUUGACGGCAACUAAAAUAUACAUUUGAAUGCUGUUCUUUUCCACAAGUACAUAAUCAGCCAUGUACAGGUUUCAUGGUGUUUUGGAACGUUACAGGGUCAAAUAUAGGGCAGGCAAAUUACAUUAUCUGGAAUUUCUGCCUUGGUUGUCAGGCAGGUCCCCCAAUAUAUAAUUAAUAUAUAUAAAUACACUUAGAAUUAACAUUCUACAUAGGAUAAUGAUUCCUCAGUCCCUUUCAAAGUAGGCACCUUGGGACCUCACAUAGUCCCCUCCCCUUCCCACAGCGUCUCUUCCACUAUUCAAAACACUCUGCAAAAUCCUUUGUUGGAGUCACCAUAUGCUGUCGUCGUAUUUACCUGAAUCCCAUCUAUGGUCUGAAAUAUCUUCCCUUUCAGAAGUGGUUUUGGUAAGAGACAGAAGUCGUAGGGCAGAGGCAGAUCAGGGGCAGGGCCAGCACAAGCCAAACACAAUCCUGGACAAUCAGCAUUUCAUUAUAGAGAUGCAUUGAAUCAGAGUAUGGGAAAGCAUAGGUCUACACAUAGUACUUCGUAUGUUGAUAGAAUAAACAUAUUGGAAUGCGUUUUAAAGUGUUGAUGCAUAUAACAGAACAUUAAGAUAAUGUGAGCGAGUGUUCAUGUAAAGUGUUGGUAGUGGGACAGGAAACCCAAAUCAAUAUUCAGUCUUCUAUUCUUGCUGUUAAACAGUCUGAUCAUUCUGGCUUCAAAAGUUUUUCUUUCUUGGGUAUUUUUCAAACCACCUUUCAGUACUUUGAUUUUUAGGUCCUUCAUUGAGUGGCCAGGCUGGGUAAAAUGGUGUCCCACAGGAGUGCAGUAUGAUUCUUCUUGUGGUGUUUAAUGGAGUGUCUGUGCAUAUUAAUUCUGCCAUUUAAUUGCUGUGUGGUUUCCCUAAUGUAGCAUCCUAGGUGGCAUUUGGUGCAUUGAGUCAUGUAUACCACAUUCCUGGAUGUGCGGGAGUAUGAUCCUUUAAUGCUGACAUGUAUAAAGUGUACCUGCUUGUUUUUGUUUUUUUUAUUCACCUCCCACCUCACUCUGAUCUUCAGAAAGAUAUUUAGGACCCUCUGCAAGAAUGUUGUAUAGUUUCUAUCAAACCUGUGUCUUAUCUGCACUCAUGUCUCUUUAACCCCUGUAUCACAACUUUGAAUUCUAUGUGUUUUCUUGCUCAGAAAUGGAAAAAAGGUUUUACAAGAUACGAGUUUUUUUUGUUUGUUUGUUUGUUUUUAUAUAUAUAUAUAUAUAUAUAUAUAUUUUUUUUUUUUUUAUCUACAACACUGGAUUAAUACAGCUACAAUUUCUACUUGAACACUAUGUAUGUGUGUAUAACACAUGGUAUCAGUGGUUUUUAAUUUUUUUUAUUCAGUGAUCUAAAUUCCAUUCCAUUCCUGUUUAAGAUUAUUCCAGCAAUAAAUUAAUUUAUCCUACCUCUCAUUUACAGACACCCUAGUUGGCGUAGUGAAGAUACUCAGGAACGUUCUAGGACUGGGAGUGAAUCUUCUCAAACCGGCAACACUGCCUCUACUUCCUCUCGAAGUGAGUAUAUAAUUUGGUGUUUUGACGCAAGGCAUUAACAUUUACUGCGUACCAUAUGUGUCCGUCUGAUAUAUUGCAUGCAAAAAACAAAUUGAUUAAUCAACAAGUAAUCUAUGUUUAUAAUCAAUUAUCGCAGUCUCAAGGAGGAGGGAGAGUGAAAAAUCAGUGGAAAAUGAAGUAUUUGGUAAAGACGAGGAUGUUCAUUCUCCUAGCUCAAAAGGCCCCAAAUCAGAUUCUCCGCUCCCUUUGAAAGUCAUGCCAGCCCCACCACCUAAAGAAAAUGCUUGGGUCAAACGCAGUACAACAACCCCCACACGAUCACUCAGUUCAGAAUCUUCCAAAGGGUGAGUCUCUUAACGCUGAGUAAAUGUGUGAGAAUAUUUAUAAUGUAUUCAAAAGCAGAUUUGUUAUUCAUUAUAGUAUGAUUUGUUGAGAACUCAAAGUGAAUUUGUAGAGUUGGACAAAAAACAGCUAAAAUGUUAAAAUUCAUCAAGGUGUUGUUCUAGUUUGGCUAUUUUGAUCUACAAUUUAUGAAAUAACACGUGCGUUAUCAACCUUGUUAAGGGUAUUUUCAAUGAACAUGUAUGUAAAUUCACACCUUUUAAUAUAAUUGAGCUGUCAAUUAUUUUGCACUCUAAUUUCAGUGGCAAAUUAUUUCAUAAUAUUCUGAUACAAGAGAACAUUUUGCCCCAAGAAAAAUUAAAAAGAAUGUUCUCAUGAUAAGAACUUUGGCUGCAGAGGGCAAAUAUUCUGGCAGAAGACAUGUCAACCUACUUUUGUUUAUAUAUCUUCUCAUAGCUGUGACUUAACCCGUUUGUUUCUUUCCAGUGGAGGAGAACGGCAGUCUGAUUCAGACAAAUGGUCACCUGGGACUGUGCAACGAAGAGGUAAAAAGAAAAACAAAUGUUUGCCAUCUGUGUGCACAGGGAUUUAUGUGGUCGCCAUAAAAAUAAACUUGUAUUUGUUUUUUUUUUGUUUUUUCCCUUUCUUUCUUUAGAAGAUGAGAACAAAAUAGAUGAUAUGGAUCAUGCAUCAAGAACAGGUGGACGUAACAUGGCAGACCGUGGCAGAGCACCUGAUAAGUAAGAAAUUCUAAUGAAGAAUGUUGUUUUUCACCCUUACCUUUAUUUUAUUGAAAAGGAAAAAAAAACUGUACACCGCCUACUUUAAUUAGUACUUGCCCGCCAUGCUUUCUAUGAUAGUCUUUGAAUGUAAGAUAACUACAUUACUACCUCCAUACUCCAUUUCAUCCAUUAAAGGGAAGUGGAAUAAUUUGGUACACUCAUCUGCAGCAAAUGGAUAAAAAUAAACUUUACUGUAUCUCAGACUUCCAUUAACUUUGCCAAGAAAAAUCUGUGCGGUUACUAAGACACAUGAAGUGUGACAUGUCAUGAUUCCCUUUUAUUCCAGAAGUUAGGUCCUUAAGGGGUUAAAUUUAAAGAAUAUUUUAUGCUAGUGUAUCCUAUCUAUUACAAGAUCUCUUUCAAUUUGUAUCUUUAAUUUACAAUCUUGUUUCAUUGAUAGGAAAGACAAACGCAAUGCAGACGAAAAGAGCGAUAUGGAUACAAUUCGAGUGGAGACGCAGGCAGCUGUAAGAAAAUCUUCCUUAGAACUAUGAAACCCAUCCCUCUGACAGUCUACUUCACCUUCUCUGGAAAAGUGUGCUUUUAAUUUACAUUUUAUUGUUGUGUUAACAGUACUACUGUGUGGAAGUUUAAGAAUUAUUUGUAUGGGACAAUGGGGAGUUAAAGUAUGUCCAAAUUUCUUGCAAAAUUUGCAAAGUAACACCUAAAGUGUAACACAGAGUACUUUAGACCAUGUACAUAUGAACGUUUCAGCUGAUGAAACGGGGUGUCACUUUUUUCCCCUACCAAAUAUUGGCACGUACAUGAUGUGAAUAACCAAUCAACAACAAUACCUUUUUAUUAAAACUUUUUUUUUUCCCCUUCCUUUCCUGCAGAAAUUCAGCCAAGCGAGUAAGUACGCAGCUUUAUCCGUGGAUGGAGAGGAGGAGUUUGACUACACAGAAUAAUCUGCGGAAUAUCCCUGUUCAUGGAAUCCUUUCACCCCCAUUACCUUUAUUUUCCCUUCUGCCAUGUUCCAUGACAGUCAUUGGCAUAUGCCAGGCAAGAAAAAGCAACAUCCCUUCUGGCUCUCUGUCCCUUUUAAAUCUAAAUGCAAUCCAACCUCCACACUUCAGACAGUGAUCUUCAGUUAGAAACACAAUGAGCUGUUUGUUUCUUCUCUUGCAUGCUGCUGCAGCUUUUUACCGUGUGUGUGCAGGAUAGGAGGGGGUGGAAAUGCAGUGUGUGGCAAGGGAGCACUGGAACGCAGUCAACACAUUAAUUGACAGUGAAGGCUGCAGAAAGCAUCUCUUGGUGUAACAGCUUCCUAAGCUGCACUCUCUCCUCCCUAUUGUAAAAAGGUUACCUUUUUUUAAGCCAGGAAAACCAUUGCUUUGCAGGGGCGCACAUGAGUCUGAAAACUCCUAAUUAUCGUGGCUCACAGAGCUUUUAUGGUUAAUCUCCAGCAAACGGGUCCAUAGAAAACACUUGCUGGUUGGGGAUUAUGAUUACCUCCUUUUAGCAGAAUAUGUUAAUGCAAAUCAAAUCUAUUUUAUGAAGCCUUAACUAGCAGCUUCAGUAGAGAAACAGGAUGUGUUCAGAUGCAUGGUUUGCACUCUCAUAGAACCAGGUACCAGAUGCCUCUCGCCCCCGUGUGCCACAGAUCAGUAAAAGUAGCCGUCCCAAAUGAUGGGGCUAAAGCAUUUCCCUUUAGAACAUCCCCCUCCUCAGGCUUUCUUUUUGUAAUGCUGUGGAUUUGACGGAGACUGCUGUAGCAGUGAUCUUUUCACAAGCAGGAACUUGCUCAGAAUUUAUUAGAAGUAUUUAAAGUAUAUGAAUCAGGCAGUGGUCUUCUACCGAAUCCCUAUUCCUAGACCCUGUCUCAUACAACAUUUGGCCAAUAAUUUAAAUCUGUCCUCUAAAUUCCCUUUUACCUAUACAUCCCUAAUUUAUAACUGAUGUACAUCUGGGAGUUGUGUCUCUCUGGGACAAGCCUGCAAUACCCUCAUUUACAAUUUUUACACUUCUCAAAAGUGUAUUCCAAGAAAUAAAGUAAUCUAAAGGAAAAGAAAAAAAAACUUGUAUUGAUUUGUAAUCUGGGAGAUGUUUUAUUAUCAUGUAAAAGUCCUUAUCAACCCUCCUAUUUUUUUGUUUUUUAUCAGCUCUGUCCCGUAUCAAAUAAACUAAUCUUUAAAAUGAAUCUGUUUUUUUUACAGUGUGUCAUUAUGUAUAAUAUAUUUAUUGCUAUAUUUCAGACAUUAUCUGAAAUAUCUGCACGUUAGAUAUGAUAGAAAUCAUCAAAAACGGUUGCAUAUUUUGCUUUACUUUACCAACAUAUUUGAAAUUAAUUUUUAAAGCUAGUUUAGUGGUGGAAUUCAAAGAUUUACAUAAUGCUCUACUUGAUCUUAAUCAAUAGUCCAACAAGCAGAGAAGAGAUACAUAUCACCUUUUAAAUUCUUUAUUCUACUUGUGUGUUUUUAGGGGAGAGGAGGGAGGCAAACUUUUGACUCCAAGCCAUUUUUUAGGGCAAAAUAAUUAUAAUUAUAUAAUAAUAAUACAUUUACUUUCGGUGAUGUCACUGGAAAAAAAAAAUUGUUUAACACCUCUAUCCAAAAAGAUUUUUAUUGUAUCCAGUGUCAAGUAUAGUAAGGUCCUUGUAUUUACCACUUGAAAAUCUGUAGCCAGACAAGGAUAAAAUAGCUUGGAGUUUUUUUUUUUUUAACUAUUUAGAUUUUGAUUUUCUGUAAUGCUCCAAACAUUCAAAUGUACAGGGGAAAGAGAAAUUGGCAAUUGUGAUGCUCUUCCACUUGCAUCCAGGAGAUGGAGCUGCAGUCACUUUAUGUGCCCUAAAUCAUUAAUUGCAUUUGUCCAAAAUACAUCUGUAAUCUGAGGGGUCUCCCAGUUCCUUUGCAAGUUUGGUUAGAUGAAAUUUUUACCAUAUUCACUCCCUAAACAGAUUUGUAGAAGUUGCAACUACUUGCCCUAAUACAAUAUUGGUUCAGUGAAAAAACAAGGCUGUAUGUUGUGUCAAGUAGUCUGAGCACAUAAGAAUUACAGAUGUUAUUAAAAAGAUAUAGUAAAAUAAUACUUAAAGCAGAACAUUUGCACAGGACAGGUAGUGUUACCCUAUGAUACCUUAAAUAUAAAUCAGUUGUUUAACCCUAUUAAAUCCUUGUGUUUU